AUGCCUUGUGUUUUCCAGGUUUCUUCGUCUUUGGGGAAUCCAGCUGACCAUGCUUUGGCACUGCGACAAAAACGUGAGGUUGACUUCAUUGGAAAUGCACAAUCACUGAUUAGGGAGUUGGUCCAGAACCUGCAAAAUGCAGCGCGUGACGCUAUAGAUGCCACUAAAAAGUUCAAUGAUGGUCUGCAAGAACAAGGGAAACUCUUUAGUGAGAAAAUUGUGAACGACAUAAAGAGUUUGAGAGAACAAGUCAACAAAGCCGUUAAAAGAGUCACCGACAGGUUCACAGGCGCCGGUACUGGAGUUCUAACUUGCGUAGAUUCAUUUAGGAAAGAAGUCGACGUCGUCUUUGCCGAUACUGUAGAAAAAUCCAAAGCGUGUGCUGAAGAAAGAAUCAAGGAAAUUCGGGAGAUGGUUGAUGAUCUAAGACUAUUAUCGUUAAACGCUACGGAGUUCGCUAGCCAAGCUGUGGCUGAAUUGAACAAUUGCCGAGAAAAUAGUACAGGAUUCCUUGCUACGGGGUCAUGCUUUGCGAGCGUUGCUGUUCGAAUUGAAUAUCAGGGAGCUGUGUUUUUGACCCAGAGUGGGUUAUUGAUUUCUCGCAUCAACUUAGCCAUUGCAACGUUAGCCGCAUCACUGGAAGUCUGUGCCGGUAUGCGUCUCGUGACAGCUGGGAUAACCUCGGCGAAAUACGUGGCACAGAUUGGCACCUGCUCAGCUUCCUCCGUGUAUUCUUCACUUGCAGGCAAUAAUGUGUUGACUUCCAAGAUGCGUAGUUUUCUGUUUCUAACAAUAGUUCUGGUCAUUUGGGCACAGAACGCAGCGCAAAGUAUACAAUCUGAAAAUGAAAUCGAUUUCGAUGAAAAUCAUGAUUUAGUAGAUUUAAAAGAGGCCUCUGAAGACUAUACUGAUUUACGUGAUUUAAAGGAUAUAAAAGAUAAGAUUAAGAAAGGUAUUUUAGUUGCUUGGGAGGUUUUUAAAGUUGCAGCACAAAAUGCAAACACCAAGAUUAAGAGAUGGGUAGAACAAGAAAAAGAGAGGAUUGAAAAGCUAAACAAGAUAGUGAUUGAACGCCUUAAUAAACUGAAAGAUGAAUUCGAGAGUGCAGUUACUAAAAUUACAGUGUCCGGUGACAAAAUACGAGAUUGCUUAAAGGAAAACAGAAACAAUAUUAAAACAGUAUUCAGUACCAUAGCUACAAAUAUGAAAACAUGCCUAUCUAACAAUUUGAAAAAGCUAUCAGACAUAGAAAACAACCACGUUUUACUCGACAUAGAUGACUCUGCAUUUUUAGCGAAUGUGCAUACUAAAAUUAGCACAACUUGUAAGGAAAAUAAUGAUAAUUGUUUGAAUGAUAUACAAAAUGAAAUCAUUACGGAAAUAGAAAACGAAGCGCAGAACAUAUCUAAUAAGCACAUUGAAGCUAGAAAUUCAAUUGACGGUCACCUUGAUAAUACCAUAAUAUGUUUUACUCAAAAUUUGGCAGAGGCAGCUAAAACAAUAGUCGACGAGGCCGUUAAAAUUGUUGAGUGUGUUAAAAAUAAAGGUUAAAAACUGUUUAGUUUAAUCACAGUUGUUAGAA